UCGCGCUGCACCCUUCCGAGAUAUUGACAGCUCAGUAGUACCCAGCACUCUCUCGUUGCCUUUUAGGUGGGCAUUCGUAAACCCAUGCUGAGUCAGGUUAAAGCGCUCCGAAGAAUCGGUCGGAACAAUUCGGAUACCUGAGGCGGCUCGGACAAGUCCGUCAUUGGAGAUACCGUCGAAGGCUAUCAGAAUAAGAGUAAACGGCUUCAAAUAAACUAACAAAGGAGGUUUACCCCAAUAUUUCAUGGCCGCUGGGGAUGGUGCCCAGCUGCCGGCAACAAUAGCGGCUAGCCGGAGCGUGGAGAAGGCGCUCGAGGAGGCUUCAGCUAGCGGGGCUCUGAAUCUGUCCAACCGUAAACUGAAAGAGUUCCCCCGCACCGCCAGGAACUACGACUUAUCGGACGUUACGCAUGCAGACUUGUCCAAGAACUGCCUGUGCGAGCUGCCCGAGGAGCUGUGCCACUUCAUCUCCCUGGAGACGCUCAGCCUCUACCACAAUGGCAUGCGCUCGCUCUCCUCCGGCCUGGGGAACCUCCAGGCCCUCACCUACCUCAACCUCAGUCGCAACCUCUUGUCCACCUUGCCCCCGGCGGUGUUCCAGCUCCCCCUGCUACGCGUGCUCAUCGUCAGCAACAACAAGCUGUCGUCCCUGCCCGCCUCCAUACACACCCUCACGCACCUGCGACAACUGGACGCCAGCUGCAACGACCUGCAGGCCCUACCUGCAGAGCUUGGCCAGUUGGACAGCCUGAGAGACCUGAGCCUGAGGAGGAACCAGCUCACCUCUCUGCCUGAAGAGAUCUCCGAGCUGCCGCUGGUGCGCCUGGACCUGUCGUGCAACCGCAUCUCCCACGUGCCCGUGUGCUACCGCCACCUGCGCCACCUGCAGAGCUUCCUGCUGGACAGCAACCCGCUGCAGCUGCCGCCCGCCCAAGUCUGCUCCAAGGGCAAGUACCACAUCUUCAAGUACCUCAACAUGGAGGCCUGCCGGAGGAACCAGGAGGAGCUGGAGCGCCACAUGAGGCCCACCGGAUUCACCAGCUGCCUCUCGGAUCACGAGCUGUUCUCGGGUCAGUUCGGAGGCCUGGAUUCCGGCUUCAACAGUGUGGACAGCGGCAGUAAAAGAUGGUCCGGGAACGAGUCGGCGGACGACUUCUCCGAGCGGUCCCUCCGGGUGGCCGAGGUCAGCCGGGACCAGAAGAACCUCGCUGAGGAAGAGGAGGAGGAGGAAGAGGCGGAGGCGCCGUCACGACCGGGGGCCCCGGCGGGUCGACUCCUCGCCCCCCUCCCCCCGGUGAACGGCGAGGCAGAGCAGGUGGACUUCAUCGACAGCAGCAUGACGGCGGAGGAAGAGGAGGACGAGGACAACCUCCCCACCCCUACUCUCAUGUCCGUAUCUCUGAUGGAAAAGAAGGAGGCGCUGUCUGCAUCCCAAACCCAGGACUCUGCUGCAUCAUGCAGGUCCAAUCUCCGGGUGGAGUUGGGCCCCGCCUCCUCAGGCCCCUCCUCCCCGUCCAGCCCCACCCUGGAGGAGAAGAGGAGGCCCAACACGCUGCUCAUCUGGCAGGAGAGGGAGCGCCAGCAGAGGGAGCGGGAGCGGUCCCGGGACGGCAUCUUGCUGAAGUCCUCGGCCAAAACAGGAAAUCAUGUGGCUUCAACACUUCAGACAGGAAACGGCACAGGUGGUGUGCAAGAGAACAGCCAUCCGCCAGGCCUAAGACAACGGUGUGCAAGUGCUGAACAGAUGUCUGCCAUACACCCCGCCACUCCCAUUCAGCGCUCUGCCAGUAGAACAGACAUGCCGUCCUCCCCCAAAACCUCCCCCCCGGGUGGGCUCACCCCGAAGCCCAACAGCUUCCUCUUCCGCGCCACCUCCCGCGGGAACGUCAAGCCCAACGGUUCCUUCCAGAACCUGGGGGAUUCCGGCCGGAGCGACUCCCGCACCACCCUGCGAGGGCCGAGGGAAGAGAGGCUCGACGUCUCCAAGCUACGCAAGACUCUGGAGUCCCGUCUCAAGGUCACCCUCCCUGAGGACCUGGGAGAGGCCUUGUCCAACGGCACCGUCCUCUGCCAGCUGGCCAAUCAGAUCCGCCCGCGCUCCGUGGCCAUCAUCCACGUCCCGUCCCCCGCUGUGCCGAAGCUGAGCUCAGCCAAAUGCAGACUCAACGUGGAGAACUUCAUCACCGCCUGCCGCAAGCUGGGCGUCCCUGAGACGGAGGUGUGUGUGUGCUCCGACGUGUUUCUGUGCAAGCUGCCCGCCGUGCUGCACAGCGUGACCGCCAUGUUGGCCGCCGCCGCCCGGCAGGAGGGGGGGGGUCUGGAGGAGGAAGAGGGAGAGGGCGAGAGACCGGAGCCAGCGGACGGCGCCGCCGCCCUCCCCUCCUCCUCGCCCUCCGGCUGCUCCUCGCCGCCGCCCUCGCUGCUCUCCCCAGGCUUCCUGCUCUUCUACUGUCUGCUCAUGGUCGCGCUCUACGCCCUCUACCGCCUCCUGGUGUAGAGGAGGCCCCGCGCAGAGACAGGGCUUAUGGACCUUAAUGUUAGGAACCACACGCACACACACACGCACGCACGCACACACUGUUGUCAUCUUUUAUUACAUGUGCCUGUGUGUCUGGCUGAACGUCAUAGCCACAAAAAAAUGAAUUGUCCGUCCGGCGCCUGGAGUGAACUGUAGGGCUGGAGCACGUCGCGCACACACACACAGGGCUGUCACCGCUGGGAAGGGAACGAUUGGUGGGUCGCCCCCCCCCAGUCGCCAGAAUCGAUAGAGCCAUAGAGAGAGGAAUGCGCUAUACAUGCGCAGUGGCACAUUUAAUCAAGGAUUUCACAUCGCAUAUGAGAAACAGUACGCUACAGUUGAAAGCUUUGACGAGACGGACACGUUAUUGUGUUUCCCAGCCCUGCCUUAGGCGAGCAUAGACAGACGCUACGUCUUACCGCACAGCAUGUCUUUAUUGCCGGACCGCUUGCGAAGAGAGGCUGAGAGUUAGCUGCUUGACGCAGAAGAAAAUGUGAAUGUGAGUUGUUUUUGAAGCCUCGAGGGAAGAAGGAAGUUGUAUAUGGGAUGUUUCUUUUUGUAUCCACAUACAGAGGUUAUGAGCACUCAGGUGGUUUCUUAUGUUUGACGCUACUCUAGGUAGAAGGACGAUUGUAUAGUGCCUCCUAUCCAAAGCGGACUAACCCACCGGCAGUUCAAUUUCUAGCUGCAAUUUGCGUUGUGACCAGCAGGGGGCGAUGUAGUUACGCCCCAAAGCUUAACAUGGCAAAUCCAAACUUACGGUACGUUUGUUCUUUGCUUUUGUGUCAGUUGUCAAUUCGACCUUUUUUUUUUUGUUGCUAGAAGUCUGUAUAAAUGUAAACAAAUUAAAUUAUUUUAUUUUUAUUUAUUUUUUACCGCUGCUUGGGGAAAAAGCAGAAGCCUUUGAGGCAGAUGUAUCUCUUUCAUGCCCCUUAACGUCUCCUUAAAACAUAAACAUUACACAUAGGUCAAAUGCAUGGGUAUUUAAUCAAUAAAAGUAGAAGAGAGAAUGUUUCAAUAGUUCAAUAAUUCUUUCAUAGUUCAUCAAAGGGCUUCUGCUUUUUGUUUUUAACAUUUUAUUUUGAAAAUGCUCUUAUAAGUGCUGUGAUGUUUGUGCAACAAUACAAACAUUUAUGUAUCUUGAAAAGGUAACAAUGCAUCAAAUCAAAUUCCUCAUAAAUUCAAAGAUGAAAUGUAUCCCAAGGUACACUUAAGGCCUUAGUAUUCAUACAUGAAAAUCAAACCACUCAAACUAAAUAUUCGUUUUUUUCCUUAAUGGGACAAACAUACAUUCUAUUUGGUUAAAUAAUAACCAAACACUUAACACCAAUCUUCUGGGAUGACCCUAACCCUAGAAGCACUGGCUAGUGCAGUUGCACCUUCUGAUUGGCUAAUAUUGUUCCAGCCGUGUUGUUCCACCUGCCAUUCAUGUGUGGCUGGCUUUCUGUUCCUGAGGUUUUAAUGCAAAAUAUUUUGUAUCCACUUUUUAUACCUAUAUUGUGCAAAGGGAUCCAUAAAAUCUCUCGUCCCCCAUAAUGUGUACAGUAUAACCACUUCCUCCACCGUAAAUGGCCUGCUGUUAUAAGAUGGAACUUAUGUUUUAAAAUGGUUUUAUAAGUAUGAGACUGGAUGAACACCAUUACUCACCCACUGGCUUAGAGCAAACUAUAUUCGUAAUGACGAUGAUGGCAGAACAGAAAUACUGUUGUAUUUUAUAAUAUUUAUACAAUGGUCAUGUAAUUACUGAGAGUCGAGUUUAUACAAAUCUAUAUGUUUUUUUUCUCCCCCUUCUGUUGUAAAUAAUUAAAAACGUUGAACAUAA